AUGAGAUUCAUCAAGAGGAAAGACCAAACACCCAAAGACUCUUCGGAGACUAAACUGAAAAUCAAGACUAUUGCAAUAUGUGCCUUUCCAGCAGCUGGAGGAAUCCUCUUCGGCUACGAUUCUGGCUGGAUUGCUGGUAUCCUCGCCAUGGAUCAGUUCAAAAAAGAUUUUGGCAAACCUUCCGUCGACAAGCUGGCAUACAUGGGAUUACUCUACUCCUCCACGGAUAAGUCCCUCAUAACCUCAAUGCUGUCGGCAGGUACAUUCUUUGGAGCUCUUUCCGCGGGAUACAUUGCAGAUCGCAUUGGACGCAAAAACAACAUUAUCCUCGGCUGCGCCAUCUAUGGAAUUGGAGUAGUCCUUGAGAUGAUUCCUCACGGCAGCGUUCCUUUGCUGACCGUGGGCCGUACUGUUGCUGGCUUGGGAGUCGGCCUCGUCUCAGCAACCACAAUCACCUAUGCCAGCGAGAUCACCCCUAAACAGAUUAGAGGCUCUGUGGUCGGCGGUUACCAGCUCAACAUCACGAUCGGCAUUCUCGUCGCAGCUGCUAUCAAUAUUGCGACUCAACGUUUGCAUAGUACGGCAGCAUACCGUAUCCCCAUUGCACUUCAAUUUCUGUGGGCGUUGAUUCUUGGAAUCGGCUUGCUAUUCAUGCCAGAAUCGCCAAGAUAUCUGGUUAUGAAGGACCGAAAGGCGGAUGCGAAGAAGGCUCUGUCGACGAUUUGGGGCGAGCCUGAGACUUCGGACAUGGUCGAGAACGAAUAUAAGCUCAUCGAGGACUCCUAUACGGCUGAGCGAGAUUCGGGCGCAGCUAAGGCCACUAUCCUCGACUGCUUCCGCGGUGGAUGUAAGAGUGGCAGCAAUCUACACAGGACUUUCAUCGGUAUCUCGAUACAGAUGUUUCAGCAGCUGACUGGUGUCAAUUUCAUAUUCUACUACGGCACCACUUUCUUCCAAAGAGCAGGCAUCCAAAAUGCUUUCGUGGUUUCUAUCAUCACCGCUUCUGUAAACGUCGUAUCAACACCCAUCGCUCUCUGGGCCAUCGAAUGGUUCGGCCGUCGUCCACUCCUCAUAUGGGGCGCUUUAGGAAUGUGUAUCUGUCAAUUCAUCGUUGCCAUCGUCGGAACCAUCGAACCCGAUUCCGAAGCCGCCCAAAAGACGCUCAUAACCUUCGUCUCCUUCUUCAUCUUCUUCUUUGCCUCCACAUGGGGGCCCGUCGCAUGGACGGUCUGCGGAGAAAUGUACCCACAGAAAACACGAAGCCAGAGUACCGCUGUAGCGACGGCCAGCAACUGGCUGUUCAAUUUCGUGAUUGGCUUCGUGGCGCCGUAUUUGGUAGACGAGGAUAAGGCGGAUCUGGGGGCGAAGAUUUUCUUUAUUUUUGGGGGGUGUGAUGUUUUGUGUUUUUUGUAUGCGUUUUUUGGGAUCUAUGAGACGAAGGGGUUGAGUUUGGAGGACGUGGAUCGGAUGAUGAAAGAGACGAGUGCAAGGCACAGUGCGGAGUGGAAUAAAUGGAGGAGGGCCAUUGGGGAGAAAGGUGAUGGAUCGUCAGACAAAGCAGACCUAACGGAAGCUGAGGAUGCAGGAGCUUCCCCAUCUUCGGUAGAACAGCAGGUGUAGAUCUUGAUUUUGGUUUGCUUGG